AUGGAGUUUGAUCUCAUCGUCCGAAACGGCAUAAUUGUGACCGCAAGUGAAAUACUGCAACCCGGCCUCGACAUCGGCAUCACGGAUGGGAAAAUCGCCUGUAUCGGUGUCUCAUUGCCAGCUUCUGCCAAAACGCACAUCAUCGACGCCGAAGGCGCAUAUGUAACGCCAGGAGGCGUCGACAGUCAUGUCCAUCUCGCUCAACGCAACGCACCAACCGGCGACGGAUGGGAAACUGGCUCUCGCAGCGCGAUAGCCGGAGGCACAACCACGAUCAUCGCCUUCGCCUCCCAGCAGAAGAGCGACAUCUCGCUGUACCCAGUGCUGGAAGACUACGACAAGAAGGCGAAAGACCAGAGUUAUGCGGACUAUGGCUUCCACUUUAUCCUCACCAAUCCGACACGGGAGAUCCUUCGUGAUGAGCUGCCGGUCAUGGCUUCGGAGCACGGCAUCACGAGCGUAAAGCUGUACAUGACAUAUGAAGCCAUGAAGCUCAACGAUAGGGAAGUGUUGAACAUCCUCUUUGCUUGCAAGAACCUGGGUAUGACGACCAUGAUCCAUGCAGAGAGCCACGACAUGAUCAGCAUGAUCAUUGAGGGUCUGGAACGAAACAAGAACACUGAACCUUACUUUCACGCCGUUGCACGACCAAGGAUUGCUGAGGACGAAGCGUCUUACCGAGCAAUCUCUCUUGCUGAGCUGGCUGAUGCCCCGAUGCUGAUUGUUCAUAUGUCGUCGGAGGUAGCUGUCAGCCAUGUCCGGGAAGCGCAGACACGGCUACUACCCAUUCAUGCCGAGACAUGUCCGCACUACCUGUUUCUGCUGUCAGAGGAGAUCAAGGGAAAGCCGCACGACCACUUCUCCGGUGCUAAGCAUGUGUGCUCGCCGCCACUUCGACACUCACCGGCGGAUUUGGAAAGCUUAUGGCAAAGCGUCGCUAACGGCACCUUUACCACGUUCUCAUCAGACCACGCUCCAAGCAAGUACGACCAUCCGGGCGGCAAACAGCUGGGCAUGGUCGACGGCAUACCUCGCUUCACCAAGAUUCCGAAUGGCUUGCCAGGCGUGGAGACGAGAGUGCCGUUGUUGUUCAGCAGGACUCCAGCUUGUCUACCAGCUGAGAAAGCCAAGUUGAGCCUGCCGCGGUUCGUCCAGCUUACUGCUUCGAACCCGGCCAAGCUCUAUGGUCUUGGAGGUCGGAAAGGCAGCAUUGCUCCGGGAUUUGAUGCUGAUCUCGUCAUUUGGCAUCCUGGAAACACCGGUGCCGUGACCAUCAGCCAGGGUUUGAUGCACCAUGAUAUCGACUACACUCCGUUUGAGGGCAUCGAGGUUGGAAAUUGGCCAAGAUACACCAUACUUCGUGGACAGGUUGUGUGGGACGAGUCGAAGGGUGUCGUAGGUAGUAUGGGGUAUGGCCAGUAUCUGAAGCGAGGCAAAGGCGAGGUCUUGACGGGGAAAACGGGUCAUCUGCCUAGGGGGAUGAUUGAGGAUGAAAGGAAGUAUUGGCUGUAG